CCUUGACGUGACGUGAGUGUGGUUGGUAUUAGUGAUGGUAUAGUAAGGCAGUGUUUAGGUUUGUAUUUUUGUAAGUUAUCUCAUGAAUAUUUAUCCUUCACGUUGAAUUAAUAAUACGGUAGCGAUGGGAAAGAGAUAUUACUGCGACUAUUGUGACCGAUCAUUCAUAGAUGAUUUGGAGGCUAGAAAGAAACACCUAAAUGGAUCAAUGCACAUGAGACUCAAGAAAGAACAUUACUACUCUUUCAGGGAUUCUAAAACAUUACUAGCUGAAGAAACUGCUAAGAAACCGUGCAAGAGAUUUCUGCGCAAUGGAGAAUGCGUUUUUGGUUCCAACUGCAGAUUUACCCAUUUUUCUCAUCAAGAAUUACAGGACUUGGAACAUCAAAUUCAAGAAGCUGAGAGACAGAAAGAGAUGAAAAUGGUGGAGAACAGUAUUCCAGCAGGAGAUUCAUCAAGCAUUUUGGCUUCUUGGCUUCAGAAACGAUCUCAGAGACAACCUACCGCACACCUCAAGCCCGAAGGCAAGCAACUGUGGGAGUUGCCGCCCGGCUUACGAGAUCGGCCUGACUUACCGCCGUCCCUACGACCCGUCACGGCCAAGAGCUUCACGAGCUCAGACUUCGAGGACUGGGGGUGAAUUAUCUGUCGUCCUUGGUUCUUGGCGUCGCUUGUGAGUUUCUCGUACGUGACGAACAGCUCGUCUUGUGAAUAUUUGCAAAAUUGGCGUUGCUGGAGAUCAAGUGUUGCUUGCCAUGUGGAUGGUCUGUCGUAAGAGAAACUUUGUAAACUGUGGUUUAUGUGGGAAUAAUUAGUGAAUAAAUGCAUUGUCUCUGCUGGAAAG